UGAUAUGCAUCAGUUACAGAAAGCGUGAACAAGAUCAUCAACAACCAUCUGGUACAUGUACCUGCUACGUCCUAGCAAUGACCCCCAGCUCACUCCACAUCCCUCCUUCUCCAGGCCGUGCAUGCGACAGGUGUAUAGUCCAAGAAAGCCCUCCAUCGCCAUCCAUCGCCAGCCUGAUACGCCGAAAAAGACUCCUCUGCUCGCGAUUCCCCUUUCUCGUUGCUCAACUCCUUCCUUUGUGUGCGUGUGUGUUCGUUACAUCGAGUGUAUAGUAUUCCAAGAACAUGUAGACUUUUCCCAAAAGCAAAACGAAAAGGGGUGACGGUGGGUAGUGCGCCAGGGCAAGCGAGCAAGGAAAAAGUGAGCGCGACAAUCGUGUGUCAUCAUCAAAAUCAGAAUCUAGUGGCCGCCUCAAAACUCCGGCGGCAUAAAGUCGUGU